GUGAAUGAGCGAGCGAGUGCCUGUGUGCUGCCUUUUCUACAUCUACAGUACAUGUCUAUCUGUCGGCCUGCCUCAUAAGAAGCCGAAAAUAAUUCUAAAGAUCAACAAUCAAUAAUCGAAGAACUUGAAUCGUGACUAAUGCACCCCAUGGAGCGAAGCAUUUCUGCCGGUGGAGGCACUACUAGCCAAACAACGACAAUGGCUACGGCAGCAGCGCAAACAAAUUCUAAAGAAGGUGUCACAAUGCGGGAGAAAAAGAGUGGUGCCCUACAGAAACUCAAGAAGAGGCUUUCACACAGUUUCGGAAGAUUAACAAUAUCCAGAGAAGAUAAUGAUGACUCCACACACCAUCACCACCACCAUCAUCAUCACCAUCAUCGAGGUGGCCAUAGUCACAAUCACGGUAAUAAAGUUCCCUACAAUGGUUAUAAUUCCGAGGAGUAUUUGGAUAGACUGGAACCCAACGGAAACAUACCCUCUGACAAAAAUAAUUGCAGAUACGGAGCUCCUGAACCUGCAAAAAAUGAAAAACCAAAAGACUGGCGUAGUACAGACGGCACCGACCACCAUGAUCGUGUCCAGAGACAAUUGUCCGUCUCAUCCGACAGCAAGCUAUUAGACGAUGACAUUAGGGAAGAGACGAGAGUCAUAAUGCGUCCCAAGAAACCACCCAGACCCAAAUCAGAAGUAUUCCUCAACAAGCAAGAGCAACAUCCGCGUCGUAAACGUUUCAGUGCAUUUGGGGGUGAUUCACCGUUCGGCAAACAGGAUGCCUACGUCAAAUUGGAACCAUUAGGAGAAGGAUCUUAUGCCACAGUAUACAGGGGAUUUAGCAAACUAACUUAUCAACGUGUUGCUCUAAAAGAAAUCAGACUGCAGGAGGAGGAAGGAGCUCCCUUUACGGCGAUACGUGAAGCGUCCCUACUCAAAGAACUGAAACACUCAAAUAUCGUAACGUUGCAUGAUAUUGUACAUACUAGGGAAACCCUAACGUUCGUAUUUGAAUAUGUGAAUACCGAUUUAUCUCAAUACAUGGAGAAACAUCCCGGCGGAUUGGAUCACCGCAAUGUGCGAUUAUUUUUGUUUCAACUUUUACGUGGCCUCUCCUACUGCCAUAAACGCCGUGUAUUGCACCGUGAUGUCAAACCUCAGAAUUUGUUGAUUAGCGAUUGUGGUGAAUUGAAAUUAGCCGAUUUCGGUUUGGCGCGAGCAAAGAGUGUACCCAGUCACACAUAUUCACACGAAGUCGUUACGUUAUGGUACCGUCCCCCUGAUGUCCUGCUCGGCAGUACGGAAUACUCGACAUCACUGGAUAUGUGGGGCGUCGGCUGUAUAUUUGUUGAGAUGGUAACUGGUAUGCCAACAUUCCCCGGUAUACGUGAUACUUACGAUCAAUUGGAUAAGAUUUUCAAACUACUGGGCACACCAACGGAAGAGACAUGGCCAGGCUGUACACAUUUUCCAUGUUAUAAACCGCAUAAAUUAGGUUUUUAUCGUCCUCGCAAAUUAGGUCACAAUUUUCCUAGACUAUACGACAUUGUGGAAGGUGAAGCGAUAGCGAAUGCCUUCCUUCAAUUAAAUCCCGAUGAGAGGAUAGGUGCCGAGGAGGCAUUACAUCAUCCAUAUUUUGCGCAAUUACCAAAAAAAUUAUAUGAAUUGCCAGACGAAACUUCCAUAUUCACCGUUGAGGGUGUGCAUUUGUAUCCGGAACCCAAUCGACAGAGUAAAUGAAAAUUAAAGCAAGUCCUUUCAGUGGACGGUGUACGUUUCUACUGUUAGCAGUGAACAUAAUUUCGUCGUAUACAAUAAUUACAACAACAACAG